AUGGGUGAGAACAUGACUGUGGAUGCAGUUGCAUCUGUGGUGCUCCUGAAGCUAAGAGAGUUGAUAAAGGACAAGUCCUUCGCAAGCAACAAGAUCAUCGGCCGUCGCCUCAGGCAGAUGGAGCAGAUCCUCCAGGAUACGAGCUGGCUCUCCUUGGUUGGUGCUGCAGAUAAGGAACCAAAUGCUGAAGAGAUCAAGAAACUGAGGAAGGAGUACCUCAGCCAAAUCUACUCCAUCGAGGACCCCAUUGAGUCCUUCGCCCUUCGCUUCACCCGCCAGAGAAAGAAGCUCGGAUUCCUCAUGAAUCAUGCUCUCUUUCUCAAAAACUUCACAGCUCUUGAAAUGCUCGACUCCAAACUCCGCAAAUAUUCAGACGAAGAAACUCAAGGCCUGAGCUCAAGCAUGAAGCGCGUCAAGAGCAGUCCCGCUUUAGGAAACAUAAAAGAAACACAAGUAAAUCUACGCAGGAACCAGUCCUUCAAAGUGCUCUCACGCAGUGAUGCCUCAAUGAUCCGAGAGAGGUAUGGGCAUUCGAAGCUCAUGUAUAGUCACUCCUUUAAUGGGAAAGGACUAUCCAUGGUCGGAUACCAAGGAAAGGUGGGAGAUCUCCUGCAUAGGCUUGAGUAUUCGGAUGACCUGAUAAUCCCAAUUGUAGGGGAACUGGGCUCAGGCAAGACGAUGCUGGCUCGUGCUGUCUAUGGAAGCAGAAGCAUCAAGAACAAGUUCAAGUCUGCUGCUUUGGUGAACAUUUUCAAGGAAUCUACGGUGAAGAACAUCCUGCUCGCCUUGCUGAACCAGGUGAAGAAAAAAUCGGAAGUGCAAGAUGCGAGCGAUGAGAAGUCCCUCAAAGACAGUCUCAAGGAGGAACUAAAUGGUCGGAUAUACUUGGUCGUGCUGGAUGGAGUUCAGUCAUUGAAUCAAUGGAAAGACUUGAAGACGCCUUCCCUGAUCAACAAAAUGGGAGCAAGAUCAUCCUUACCACCCACGAUAAGCAAGUAG